AUGGCCAUCUCCAAGACUCUGUUCGCUCCAAUCGUCAUUUCUCUAGUCAUUCUGCACCUUGUUGAGUCAGAUACAAGGGUGAUCAGCAACAUGGUGGAGAACGCAAGUCCAAGUCCCAGCCCUCUCUCACCAAAGAUUGAUAAUGUAGAUUGUGAUGGUGCUUGCGAUGGGAGGUGCCAGUUAUCAUCAAGGCCGAAUCUAUGUAAAAGAGCAUGUGGGACAUGCUGUGAACGGUGCAAUUGUGUGCCUUCGGGUACUUACGGUCAUUACGAAGAGUGCCCAUGCUAUGCCAAUAUGACCACCCGCGGGGGAAAACACAAAUGUCCUUAA